AAUAUAAAAUAUAAACCGCAGCUAUAGAGAGACUCUCUGUGUGUUCUCUGACUGAUAGAAAAAGUAUCAAUGGCUGAAAAUGGUGUCAAUAACUUGGGCAAGGAAGUCGGAGAUCAUCGCUGUGUUGUCGGUAACUUCCCUCCAAGUCUAUGGGGUGAUUUGUUCCUCAGAUAUACCCCUAAUGAUCAGCUCAUGCAAGAAUAUUCGAAAGAGAUUGAAGCGUUGAAGGAUAAAGCUAGGAAUAUGCUAACAAUUCCUACGAGUUUCAACAACAUCGUCGAAACAAUGGACCUAAUUGACACAUUCGAACGCCUAGGCUUGUCUUACCACUUUGAAGACGAGAUUAAUGACAAGUUGGAAAAUUAUUUCAAUCUUGAUGUGGAUUAUAAGAAUGAAACCUACGAUCUACGUACCGUAGCACUUCACUUUCGAUUAUUCAGAGCGCACGGCUACCAUGUGUCCCCGGAUGUUUUUAGUAAAUUCAAGGAUGGUGAACGGAAUUUCCAAGAAGUCCUAAAGAAUGAUGUGAGGGGUUUGUUAAGCCUAUACGAAGGAGCUCAUCUACGAGUACAUGGAGAGGACAUCCUCGACGAGGCUCUUGUUUUUGCAACAUCAAAUCUCAAGUCCGCAACAAAAAAUCUCGAUUCACCCCUUAAAGAAGAAGUCGAGCAUGCUCUAGCGCAGCCAUUGCAUUUAAGCAUUCCUAGACUUGAAGCGAGGAAGUUUAUCUCAAUCUAUAAAAAACGGGAAAAAAAGUACAACAUCCUUCUUAGAUUUGCGAAAUUGGACUUUAAUUUAUUGCAGAUGUUUCACCGAAAAGAGCUCUAUGAAAUCUCAAGGUGGUGGAAGGAAUUGGAUAUUCCGACGAGAGUUCCAUAUGCUAGAGACAGAGUAGUCGAAUGUUAUUUUUGGACAAUAGCGAUGCAUUAUGAACCUCAAUAUUCUCAUUCCCGAGCUUUACUAACAAAAGAUCUUGCAGCUGCAAUAACCUUAAUCGAUGAUACAUAUGAUUCUUAUGGUACAAUAGAAGAACUUGAUCUUAUUACCGAGGCUAUUCAGAGAUGGGAUAUUAACGAGAUCGAUCGAACACCGGACUACUUUAGAUCAUCCUACAAAACACUUUUGGAAAUGUUUGAACAAUUUGAAGAAGAAUUAGAAGCUAAAGGUCAAUCUUAUGGAAUAUACUAUGCCAAAGAAACACUUAAAGAACUAGUGAGGGCCUACAAUGUUGAGGCUAAAUGGUUCAUUGAGGGAAACUUGCCAACAUUUGAUCGAUAUCUAAGUAAUGCUACAGUUACUUGCACCGCUUACCAUUUUCCAAUCGCUGCAAUAUUAGGAACAAAAUUUGCAACGAAAGAAGCCUACGAAUGGAUGAUGUCGAAACCAAAGGUACUAAAGGCCUGCAGCACAAUCUGUCGUCUCAUUGAUGAUGCAGCUACAUACGAGGUUGAAAGAGAAGUCAGGGGCCACAGUGCUACUGGCAUUGGAUGUUAUAUGCACAACAAAGGCGUCGCAGUUGAAGAAGCUAUAGCUAAAUUCUAUGAGAUGGCUAGUAAUGCUUGGAAGGACAUGAAUGAGGAGCUACUCAAGCCAACUACACACUCGAGGGAUGUUCUGAUACGAAUCUUGAAUCUUGCACGUCUAGUUGAAGUUACUUACAAGGAUAGUCAAGAUGGAUAUACACAACCGGAGAAGGUUACAAAAGCACACAUCAUGGCGUUGUUCGUGGAUCCCGUCAAUAUUUAAGAUUUAGAUUCAUCUCAAUAUUGUGUUCCAUAUGUUUCUUUGUAUUUGUGUGAUCAAACAUAACAAACACUUAUAUAUGCUUAUGUGAGAAUAAGAGCUGGGAAUGCUCGUGUAUCCUGACUGCAAUUUAUAUGUAUGUUUGAGUGAUUUAUAUCCUUUUACAGUAGUGAGAUUAUAUUAAAGAUA